AUGUCUGCCACUGCUAACUCUACCUACGUCGUCCCCGUCCUCCCCACCGAUGGUCGCCUCGGACACCUUACCCAGGAACAGACCGUCAAGCUCCAGCAAUUCUGGGUUCGCCUUUAUGACAUCUUUGACGGCAAGACCCCUUUUGACCAGACUGCUCCCUCAUCCUUCAAGGGACAGGCCCGUGAUGAGGAAGGCGGUGAUGGUACCCCUGCCCCCGCGAAGACUGGCUGGUUCGGCCGUGGCAAGGCUGCCUCCGAGAGCGUUGCAGCACCCGCCCCACGCUUUACCGGCGCUGAAUUGUACAAGACCUUCUGGAAGUUGACCAUGAUGGACCACCCCGACUUGAUCGUUCUCAAGUUCAUUCGUGCUCGCAAGUGGGUCGUGGACGAUGCCUUGAAGAUGUUCUUGAAUGCCCUCAAGUGGCGUAUUGUCGAGCGUCUGGACGAGCUGGUCGAGCUCUCGGAUGUGGAGUUGGAUGCCAAGUACCCCAAGUUCAUUGAGCAGAUGCGCAAAGGCAAGGGUUACCUCCGCGGUGCCGAUCCUCUCGGUCGCCCCAUGUCUAUCGUCAACACCCGCUUCCACCACAAGGCUGACCAGCCCGCUGAGACCAUCCAUCGCUUCACCCUCUAUACCAUGGAGUGCGGACGAACUGUGCUCCCUGAUGGUUCUGAGACAGUUAUUGUUAUUUUUGACCUGUCGAACUUCGGCCUCGACAACAUGGAUUGGGGUUUCGUCCGCCUGUUCGUCCAAUGCUUCGAGUCGUACUACCCCGAGACCCUCGGAGUCUGCGUUGUUCACCGUGCGCCUUUCGUCUUCUGGGGACUCUGGAAGUUGAUCCAGCCCCUCCUUGACCCCGUCGUUGCAUCCAAGUUCGUCUUCACCCGCAACAACGCCGAGUUGCAUAAGGUCGUCCCCCGCGAACGUCUCCCCAUCAUCCACUACGAGGGUCUCGAUGACUGGAAGUACGAGUACAUCCCUGCCGUUGCUGGCGAGAACGACUGCAUGAAGGACACCGCCAAGAAGGAGGAACUGCUGGCUGAGCGCCAUGCCAUUGAGGCCCGCUUCGAUACCGUGACCCGUGCCUGGAUCAAGAACGCUGAUGGAAAGAACAAUGCUGAACGUGACGAGAUUGCCAAGGAGUUCAGGGAGCAGUACACUCGGUUGAGCCCCUAUGUCCGCGCUGACACUCUUUACAAGCGCUGGGGUGUUGCUGUGAAUGGUGAGGUCAACUGGACCUACAACAUCAAGGACCAGUAA